AUCGUGUGGAUUCCGUUCCACCCAAGGACACGCGUUCCACCAGUGCAGAUUGACAGCAGGUACUUUCCCAACAGAAUACCGAGUAACCAAGCGCCUCGCCAGAGUACCGGCAGCGACGGACCGGACGGAAAACCUUCUGCCAACACCACCGAAACCGGAGAUGCUGUGCUGUCGGAUGCUGUGACUGGCUUCGAGCGUGGGGAAGGCUCUGCACAGUCGUCAGUUUUGGAUGUACAGCCGAGCGUUUCGUACGUGGAGAAGGACUCACUCUGCUGAUAGUGCUUUUUCGUGUGUAGGAUUUAUUCCGGUUUCCUCGUUUCCUCGCAACCGGAUUUCGGUCUGUGACCGUAGCGAUUUCGGUGUACCGUGGAUCGUGAAAACAUCUCCAAACAAACUCCAGGAGGCAACGGAACGUGCGCCCCCAAACACACGAACACACACACAGACACGCGCUAGCCCUUGGGCAUUGUUUGAUUUUUCAUCUUCUGUUGUCGUAACCGUGAACCGUGAUUUGGUGAAGUUGAUUGCUUUGAGAAACGGAUAACCGGACUGUAGAUGGAUAACGGAACCCAGCGGGACCCUGCUAAAAAUUUAAUGGUAGGUGUUUUAGCGCGGCGGAAUAUGGUGUGAAGCACCUGUCGUGAAUGCACUCCCCCACCCGAGAAAGAUGGGAAGUUCCUAGUGGUUCUAGGGAUUUUUAUGUUGGUAGCUCGCUUGUGUGUGUUUUUUUUUUGCUGUCGUAAAUUGAAGCUGCAGCUCUCCUGGCUGACGGUGAUUGAUGAAAUGAAGUGUCACCCGCUGGGACUGCGGCACUGAAAAAUCGUUCGAGUCAGAAAAUAAGCAGAUAGAUCGAGUUGGGAAGAAAGGAAGCAUUAAAUGAUAGCUUUUCAAGUCUAGUAGAAAGUAUGGGAAGAUGCUUUCACUGCUAGUUGAUUGCUGUUUAAUUGUUCGGUAAACAUGGUUUUAAUGGGGUGUGUUGUGUUAGUUCUCGAAUGAUUCGAAUUGCUUUGCGAAAGGAGGUGCUGUGAUUGUGCGAUUGAAACUCACAAAACGUGAAUAGAUAUUAAAGUGGAAAUUGAUCGGAAAUCGUUAUCGCUUGCUGACAUGUACCGUUCAUUGCUCAAUGGCGAAGGAGGAAGGGCGUGAGCGAACAGUGAGCCCAUAAAUGCUCAUACAUACAGCAUAACCGUAGGCGCCAAUGAGAGACCGAUUGUGUGUGUCUGUACUCGAAUCCGCUUGAAGAAAGAUCCGUGUCAACGUGCGGGGGAACUCGUGUCAGACUAGGAUAAACUGUCAGCGUGUUCCGACCCUACGUGGUGCGUGCGUUCGUGCGUUCGUGCUAAUGUGUAAUUAAAAUUCACAGUGGAUAGUUGAUUUCUCGCACAUGUCUGCAUAAGCGUGAUUACGGAACGGGCAAACACGUUACUGCCUUCAACCACAGCGGAUAUGGAAAACGGCCCCGCACCGCACUCGGUGAUAUUAUGCGUUAAAACGGUGCAAUUUUCGCCAACGAUAAUCGGAUAAUGGGAACACUGUAUGCUGCAAAUUGUUCGCAGUUUAUCUUAAGUCGAGCACCGGAAACGCUACCUGGUAUCCGACCGGUCAUGCCUUCAGUUUGUUAUUUCACGUGAAAUUCCGCGGGACUGCUUCAUUAUUCAAACAGAUAAACAUCAUAUAAUUAGAUUCACCACACACACACACACACCCAACGAGCAACUUGAGGAACGUGGCUCUUCUGGUCGUAGUGAGGAGGAAGCAAAAUUCAUACUUCUGAGGUGCAUUUCACCGUACGGGAAAAUAGCAAAUGCGGAUUCUGCUGCGAAUAAAAGAGCAAAUGGAACGACUGGACGAAUAAUAAUUUCAUAAACGGCGGUACGGUGCGAGUGAGUCAGUGUUUGAAUGAGUGAGUGAGUGAGUGAGUGAGUGAACGAGUGAGUAAGCGAACGAGACACGAAAUAAUAAAACCAACAUAAAGCAGUGCGAACCUCCGGCGGGUCGGAUGAAAUGAGAGUGCAUAAAUUUUCCCUUCCGAACCGACGUCGUCGGAGGAAUGACGCCCCGAACAGCAGUGCGAGUGCCACUUACAAUUUUUAGUACCGCAGCACCCGGAUCAUCAUCCGGACGCUAACAAUGGCCGUCAUUGUUCGUGUAGUAAGCAUAAGGAGACACCGGUUCACGGCCGGAAUUAUGAACUUGUUGUACAACGCGCAAUGCGACAGUGAACCUGGCAACUCCUCGCUAGCCGUGCAUCCGCGCAAUGUAAAAGUUUUUAAUUAUGCAGCACUCGAGCGACGUCGUCUAGCGCGGUUGGGUGAGAGGAACGGGAGAGUCUGGCAGAGACAAGACUAUAUCCCAGCAGCACGUGUAUCAGUAGUACUGAUAAAAAAAAGGACUGACUGCUAGCUAGUCCGCGAGACUGGGUCGUCUGGGGGAAAGGAGCAGAAACGAAACUGUUGCCUGUUCGAAAUGUUUUGUGGGCAGCAUACUGGCAUUUUUGUUCAAAAACUCUUCUGCUUACAUGGUCAAAAGCUAUUAGUUCUAUGCAGUUUUGUUGCUUGGCAACUGCUGCUGUCAAACCAGAUGCAUGCUCCCAGUUUGAAAAACCGUCAGCUGCAUAAAUUUAAUUUAAUGUUUUGCUUCUCUAACCAUGAAAUUAUGCUUUAAAACGCUUAAUUUCACUCGCCCUUAUCUUCAGGAUUUCUUGUGUCAUCUGUUCAAUGACAUGUUCGAAAAAUACUGUUCCUCUAAGCUAGCAAAUGAAAUUACUUUAAUUAAACUGCAAUGCAUCCGAGCAUAGGGUAACGGCACAUGUUUAAUUAGAUUUUCGUUUUCUUGCAUUGUUUUUUUUUCUCGAAGUUGUCUAGGUAUGUGAACUAACGAAUAAUCAAAGCAAAAUACCUGCAAACACAGUGAUUACGUUUCAAAACACUGAAAAAGUGCGACCGACAGCGUGUCCGGUUCUUGUUUCGUAGCUUCGUAGUAGGUGCUGACAUAAAACCCUAGCAGUGACAAUAUAAUUGAAAAUUUCCACUCUACCGUCAAUCAGUCGUCAGUCACUUGCAGUGCGAAAACAGGAAACAACAAGCCGGAAGAUUAAAAAAAAAGUGGCUGCUGUAACAACAGUAACUACUACUACUACUGGUGAGCACUUAGCAGGAGUGAAAUUUUCCCGGCUAUCCUUGCCAGCCAAACUAGCCGAUAAAAAAAAAGCGACGAUAGCAAAAAAAAACUGUCUCCCGGACGCGUUACCCGGUGACACGCCAGACAACAGGACGCCGUACGCCGUUCGGUCAAAAUGUCCUACCGGUGGGUGGUACCGGGCUACGGUCGGAAAAAGUUCGCGAGCCUGUGUCGGUGUUUUUUGAAUGGUAGUUCACCCACUCAGCAGUGAAAUGGUGCCAGUAGAACGAUGUACGACCGAAGAGUGUAAUUAAUGCGUAACGUCGCCCAGGAAAGUUCGUAUCCAUAAAUGAGUAGAAUAUAAUUAUCCUCAAGUGAAAAUGUUGGAUAAACUGACGCUGUAUGUAGGAGUGUAUCUAAUAUUGCUGCACAGCAAGAUAAAAGUUUCCCUCAGUUCAACGAUGAUGUUGACCACGGAAGAGUCGGCCACGCUUCAGCCCUAUUUCGACUUUGAUGUGCAGCGAAACAUCACCGUAACCGUGGGUCAGACGGGGUUCCUGCACUGCCGAGUGGAGCGGCUCGGCGACAAAGACGUGGCUUGGAUCCGGAAGCGAGAUCUGCAUAUCCUAACGACCGGUUCGUCUACGUACACAUCGGACCAACGAUUUCAGGUGAUCCGACCGGAGCACUCCAUCAACUGGACGCUGCAAAUCAAAUAUCCCCAGGUGCGGGACUCGGGUGUGUACGAGUGUCAGAUCAACUCCGAGCCGAAAAUGUCACUGUCCUACGUACUGAACGUGAUUGAACUGCGGGCGCGAAUACUGGGACCGUCGGAUAUUUUUGUGAAGUCUGGCAGCGAAAUCAUCAUGACUUGCGUCAUUCAACAGGGACCACACGACCUGGGCACCGUGUUCUGGUACAAAGGAAACACGCUGAUAGAGUCCACCACACAGGAAAACAAUAUCCAUACGAAUGAGAACCAACGGAUCACCGUGGAAACCGACUGGGCGGAUGGACUAACGUCCAGAUUGAAGAUAAGACGGGCGGUGCAGAGCGACACCGGUAACUACACCUGUGUGCCAACGAUGGCCAAAUCAUCCAGUGUGUAUGCGCAUGUAAUUAGUGGUGAACAUCCGGCAGCGAUGCAGCACAACGCAGCCACCGGACCGGUCGUUUUGGUCCGUACGAGUAUUCUAUUGUUUUAUGUGACACUUUUAGUGCAUAUUGUUGUGAGUAUGCAGUUUAGAAUAUGGCACUAUCAAGAUGGAAGAUGAAAUUGGCCCAACGGCUGCCGUCGGAGCUCGCAUUCCAGUGAGCCGGAUUGGAACGGUGGCAGCGUUGGCGGCACUGACUACAGCAGGUGCACGCAGAGCCGACAGCAGCGACAACGAAGCUGGUAACAACCAACCAACCAACCAACCAAUCAACGAACCAGCCAACAGCAAGCAGCCAAAGCAGCCUGGUCUCCGGAGCCAGGCUCAACCCGGACCUGGCCCGGUCCGGUUCGGAAAAUAGCUACGUGAGUAAACGCGGGAACGGAUCCGAUUUUCGCUCAGAUAUCUUCCUCUGUACAAAAAUAAAAUUAAAACAAAAGAAAAAACAAGUGUGAAUGGUGGUGAGAUAGUUUUUUCUCUUAUCUCUCUCGAAAAGUAGGAAUGUGAUAGAUAGCGAACGUGUGAACAAAUGAUCAAACAUUGAACCGGAAAAAAACAAUGAAAUUUAGCAGUAAGAAACAAUCAGAACAAAAUGUAGUGGGCUAUAACACCCUCAAUAUAUACAGCACACACACAAACACACAUUCACACUCACAUUGAUUGUAGCAUUUAAAACUAGGAGCAAGGAGCAGAACAGGCAAGGGUAGCUGUAACGACUUUCGGGCGAAGCUGCUACAAACGCGCAUAUUCUCACAUUCACUUCCCGUCGGUCGGAUCGGAUCGGAACGGAACGGAACGGAGCAGGACAUCUUCUACCGGUAGUAGUGAGAAAGCAUUUUUUGCGUUAGAUUUGUACAGGAAAGUUUAAUAGCCUGGUGAAACCGGUGAAACACUGGCUACCAGGCGAGUUGGUUUCGAAAUCGAAAAAUGCAAAGCAAUAGAAUAAUUUGAACAGCGCACAGGUUUGCGUGCUCGUUCGGACGCGAAAUUCGUGCACGUGGGUCUUCAUUCGGUGAGCGGGGGUUUCGCUGACUAAUGGCGAAACAUUCUGCAGCGAUCUGCAAUUUAAUCAAAUUUGGUUUUGUGUGAAACUAUGAUGAUUCGUUUUACCGGAUGGAAAUGUGUGGUGAUGCUAUGGAAAUUAGCAGUAGGUUAGAGAUUGGUUUGAGCUGUUGUUUUUUUUUUUGGGUGAACAAUUUUGUUCGGUGUAGUUGACAUUUAAGGAUGUGUUAUCGUCAAAUGUUAAUAGAAGAGGUUAAAUGUUUGACGUCCUCACAGUUCUAUGACUAUUGCAGUUGAUAGCACUCGAGCACGGAGACAGCCACGAUAACUGGGAAAACUCAUGAGUAAUUCAGCACUGACAUGAUUGUGAAACAAGAAAUGCAAAUAUUGACACGAGAGGUUUCAAUCCUCCGAAAGUCCGUUCAUGUUUUCGGCAAUGCUGACAACUUUGAUAUUGUGACACGUAAGUUUGAGAUGAUCAUGGAAGCAUACAUCAGACGGAAAAUCGAAGUUAGCUGGAUGGAGACUGAGGAUAGCAAAAUUAAUGAGAGAAAAAAAACGUAAUUUCGUACAACGAUCUUCGAUUUUUUUAUUCUAGGAAAUCCAUCUCGAUCGCUUUUGCCGUGCUUGGGAAUAAUUGACAGUUGCCAAAUUCAGGAUUGCCGGGGUUCUCAGUAAAAUAUUGUCCCUUUGUGUUAAUUUUUCUGUCGUCGAUUUCGCUAUCUAUCAUUGCAACAAACGCUAUAACCUGUAGAUAUCGUUAUGUUCGCAUUUGUAUUCAAAAUGUUUGAUUUUGAGACAACUAGACGGCGCAUAUAGCGCGAGUUUGAGCGCCUUCAUUCGCGAUUAGACAGAGGUUAGUUGAUACUACAGGGUUGCGCAAAGGAACCUGACAUAUUUUGUUCCUAAUAGAACUGUUGUUAUUCAGUUUAAUUCUACUAUAUCACGUCUUUACACUCUCACAAAGUCAUUAUUUUCAUAGUCACUAUAACCAAAAUAAAACCUUCGGACCACGUCCGGAUACCAGAGAGUAUUGAACGAGUUCGAUGCGCUCUUGUGAAGAGUUCCGCGCGUACGGGUAAGAAUCAUGCGACGGCUCUUCAAAUUCAAAUCUCGUCGUUCUUUCUAUCGAAUGGAAUUUUCCAAUGCACGUUGACAAAUUUGCAUUGGAAAUGCAUUCCAUGCACGUUUCAAAUAUGCGUUUCGCAACGCCCAUUUUGUAUGAAAAAACCCUGAAAUAUUUUUCGUUAUGGGUUUUAAAUUAGAUAAUAUAUUUUUCUCGAUUUUUAAAAAGUCCAGAACAUUGAAAAAAUAUCAAUUGUUUUCGAAAAUUAUAUAGAAAAUAUACGAAAAAAAAUUUUUUUGACGUAGGACUACGUUUUUCUCUACUAUGCUCACCUGGGUGAAUUUUCAAAAUUCCACAACACGAAAGUUUAACGAAAUUACUCCAGAUUUGUUUUCUUAAUAACUUUUCUCCUGUUUAAGAAUUUUCUCUAAUUCUCCAACGAAACGAAAUGUAAGAUUGUUGUUAAUACCACGAUUAUUACGAAAACAUUGUUUAAAUAGUGAAAUAAUAGGUCCGAACACGAAACAUCAAUAUCGACCGAAUCCAUUAUUAGACCCUGUUGCGCGUUUGCUAGCUUUAGUCUAUGAUAAUCCUUGACGGAGACACAUCGGAAGUGGAACUACACCUGGCUUUAUUAAACUGGUGAUUCAGUCAAUGGCAAAGGCUCUGAUUCUAAAGCCUAUACGCUGAAAAACAACAACUAGUUCUUCUGUAAGCAUAUCUACUAUUAGAUAUUCGCAGUGUGAGUUUCGCUACAAACAAGAGCGACUGUGCCAUCCAGCUUCUGGUCGUUUGCAUAGGAGGAAAAGAAAACGAAAAGUGAACAACGAUGGGGAACAUUAUACAAAAUCAGCCGUGGUAAUGGCUCUAACUGUUAUCUAAAGAACUAUUAAGAUAACUUAUCAUCCGUUUAGUGCAAAUCUAGAAUAAUUCAAUAAGCUUUGUGCACUUUUCGCAGUGCAAAAUUCGCAAAACGGGCGCAAAUAAAAUCAGCAUACGACAUAUCAAACUCGUAGAAAAUACCUCCUUCUGAAAGCCUGAAAUGAAUUCCGCGAUUACAUCAUUCAGCUGUUGGUCGUUUGCGUGCGGGUAGCAGAAAAAAUACAUUUAAUCGACCUGAGAAAUGAAAAAUCCAAAAUAAAGUAUUCAAUCUUAAAAUUCGAUACGUUGGUAUUUUUUGUAGCCGUUAGAACCACUCUUUUGAACUUUUGAUCUAUUCGUUCGUUCUUAUCUAUUCUGUUCGUUCACUCCAAUCGCAGAGUGGCUUUCGCUUCAAACAAGUGCGGAAAUACAUCAACGGAGAGAAUACAUAAACGAAUCGACAGUUCUUUUAGUUUCAAACCAUUUUCAGUGUCUCUACAAAGAAUCAAGCAAAGAGUUUUUUGGAUUUCCUCAUAUUCAUUUAUACGAUUUUAUAAAAUCGAUUUUCAAUUAGAAUUAGUGUCGUCACUAAUACAUACGACGUCCAACUUCAUGGCUGCCACAACUUGGUACGAAGCGUUAGCGUUUUAGGAAACUGCACACAAGCAUGUAGCAGAUUUACUUUGUGCGCCGUUCGCCGAACGAGAGGUAACCAAUUUGUUGGGAAUUUUGCUCGUGGAAAUAAUUGUCAACUGUGUUGAAAGUUUGAGAAAUGGUUACCUCGGGUCUUAUCAGAAUCCAAAGCAUUUCUCAGAGAUCUAAUGAGAUUUUACUUGAAAUUGAUAUAUUAUUAGUACAAUAAUGUAUCAAAAUAAACGUAUAUUUUUAAAGUGAUCUGCCCCUUGUCGACAGCAGUUCUACGUGAAUCUCGUGGUUAUGUCUCUAACAUUACCUACUACAAGUUUUUUUAUGUAUUUUAUACAAUAAAUUUAAGUUAAUUUUAUUAUCUACAAUUUGUGAAGGUUUCGUUAAACCACCCAGAAAAAAAAAUUCUAGUUUUUCAUCAAGUCUUGAUGAUGUUGUUCUAUUUGAUCAUUAAAAUAACUUUCAAAAAAAAACUUUUGAAAAAAAAAUGUUCUUAAAUUUUAUUACGAAAAAAAAUGAUUCGCGGGAUUGUGCUUCCACACGCGUCAGAGGUGCGGAGGGAUCAGCGUCAUUUCGCCGAAAGCCAUAUCGUCGUAAGGGUUAUUCCAUCGAAUGUCGUUUCACCGAACGCCAUUUUGUCGAAAGUGUCAUUUCGCCGAAUUCUUCAAUAGUCUUCAUAUCGUGAUUGGAAUUGAUUCGAAACAGAGACAAAUGAGAAACGAUCAUGUUUACUCCCGUUUUGUUGAACUACAAUCGUACUUCUGAAAUAACCCAGAAAGGCUUGGAUCCAACUUUUUUUCCAAGAAAGACAUUUUAAGGGGGGAGUAGGGGAAAAUUUGAUACGAAAAACACUUUUUUUUGUAAUUUUUCUCGGAGAAACAGCUUAAGCAAUUUUUUUUAACUUUUUUUACAUUUUAAAUUUUAUAAUUAUUUAAAGAUUAUUAAGCCAAAUUUCCGUAUAUUAUUAUUGAAAAUAAGGCAGUAAAAGAGCAUUCCCCAAAACCUCUUUUGAGAAUCACGUUGCACGGUGAACACGAUAACUCGGCGUAGAAUUAUCUGAAAUCAAGAAUGCUCUUAAAUUUACUUAAAAUACGAGUUAUUUCUCCCCUCUCCGUUGGUUUCGAGUUAUUGUUUUGUUUUUUUUUUUGUACAGUACGUGGCAUAUUUAAGCAAAAAGCGCUAAAUUUUCAACUAAUUUUGUGGUGAAAAACUACCAUAAUAUGAAAAGGGAAAAAUAUCAAAAACGUAGGGGGAGGCAUUUGUCCCGGGUUGGCGAUUCAAUGCAUAGGGCGCUGGUCUUACAAACCAGUUGUCGUAUGUUCGAGCCCCGACCUGGAAGAAUUCGUAGUGUCAGUAGAAUCGUAGCACCAGCCAAGCACUGGUUCUGUACACUCUGAAUCGGCUGCGAAGUCUGUUGAAACAGAAGGUCAAAUUCCACAACAGCAAUGUAAUACCAAAGCUUUGCUUAGGGGGAGGCAUUUUAUACCAAGAAAGUAGGUUCCAAGUUAAAAAAAAAAACAUCGGUUCAGUAGAUUUUGCAGUAUCGUGUUCACGGACUUCGAAAAGUUGGUUUUCAGAAAAACGUGUUUAAAUUUUUCUUUUUCAAAAAGUGAGUAAAACAUAUUUAUGGUAACUUACACUGAAUGAUCGAUCCCAGGUCCAUAUAGUACCAUCAGUACCAUAAAUGUAAAAAAAGGCGGGUGGGUAAUGGCAGAGACAUAACUGUAUGUCGUCAAUACGAAAAAACUGACACGCUCCCAUCACUUUUCCGAACAUCAGUUAGAUGAUUGAUUAUAUGAAUUGUGCAAGCUUUCUCCUUUUUCACUAAUAGAGUUUGAAGCGAUGCACCUACAUUAAGGUACAGAUUAGUUACAUUGAACAGCUACUAUUCUACAACUAUGUAUUCCAAACUUGAAACAAUUCCUUUUUAAUUUGCUGUAGAUUAUUUUUAUUGAAACUAUGAAGUUCGAAGAUAUCAGAUUCUUCUCGAAAUUUCAGUACGAGACAAUUGCAAUGGCCUGGUCUGAAAUGUAUCGACGAUCUUCGGUAUGCAAGAGUAAUUUUAAUACUA